AUGGCGGCUGCCAGAAAGAAGACAACGGCGACCUACCACACCAUUCGCGAGCGCGACUCCGUGCGCAGCGAAGCAAAACUCCGCUUCAAGCCAAAGAUGACGGUGCGCACGACUUCGCCGGCUGUGUCGAACGAGGAUCUUCCAUCGUGCGCAGACGAGACGCCCAUACGCGGACCAGAAGACAAUGAUAAGGCGAUCCCAGUAGUCUUCGAAGCCUUUCCCAUCGCAGCGGAUUUCAAAGGCCCUGCUGCUGCUGCCACUAUCGUUCCUGAAGAUUGCACAGGAAGUUCCACGUCACUCCGACCGGAUCCACUCAAGCCGGCGCAGCUUAGCAAGCCUCUGCCCUCCAUGCAGUCGGUGCUGGACGUUCCCCCUCAUUUGACUGAGCGCCGAGCGACGACUCCAGUCCAGCGGGAUCACCUUCCGCAUCAAUCGUCUGGCAUGUCUCCAACGCCGUUCGUAGUUCAGCAGCCCUUCAUCUUCGGGGCCAAUCAAGUCUCCGUGCCACUCGCAGCCAGCAGUUCAGAACCACGAUUGUGCUUCUUCGGCACCAACCAAGCGAACAACCUCGCUUCCACGCACGCAAAGACAAAAUCAGAGCAGAAUUUUGCGUUCGGAUCCAGCAAAUCGUGGGAUCCACGCGCUUCUGCAAUGGACACGAAGUCACCUUUUGACGCCUCUCCCGGCGGAAACCGCAAACUAGUCGCAGAGAUAGUCCACAAGACAUGGCUCCAACUGCAGACAUGGCACGAUAUCUUUGGUCGGUGCAGCAGGGAAUUCAAUCUCCAACUGCAGACGGUGGAGGGUCGAGAAAAGGUGAUGGACCUGAUUGCUGGUCUGAUGCAUGUAGCGGACUAUCUCAAUGGUGGUACAACCGACUGGGGAUAUGCGCUCGGAGCUUUGUGGGUUGCCGGGGAAGCCGAAGAGAUAUUGAAGGAGGUCCAUGAUAUUUCAGUGAUUUUGAAAGAUUUGGGAGUCGGCAAGUACGGAGUGCCGCUCAAGGAAGAAGCUGGCAAGGAGGUUAUCAGAGUCGAAGAGGCGGUGAGAAGCUGCGCGGAGAAUCGCAAGAGGUUGAUGGAUGUCCAGGCGAACGACAAGAAACGCUACCUUACGCGGCAGGCAACCUCCCAUGUGGCACGGCUGGAAUCCGGCCCAAAGGCCGGCCUGGAAUCGAACAGCCUGGAUGCGAUGCGAGUACGCACGGAGAGUCACACGGAUCUUGUGUUCGCACAAGCUCGACCACUUGAUGGCAACGGGGAGUUCCGACUUCCUCCCCUCGCGAGCAACGAGCGGGAAAUUCCGGGAAGGAGGUCUACUGGCGAGUCGGGCGAUGAUAUGCUCGAUGUUCCGGCUGAUCUCGACGCCGCUUCUCACAAGCCCGAGGAACCUCGAACUGAGCAGAAAGCCUUCAAAGUCUCAUACGCUGCACCAGAGUACUCGAGCGACAGCUCUAACGAUGCGGAGGACUGGGAAGCGGAGAUCUCGGAUUCCGACUCAGAGGACGGCGGCGUGAAGUUGGUUUAA